ACUCGGCCAGGCGCAGCUGCGAUGCACUUCAAGGAGACAGGUCCCGAGGGCAGCAACCGAUUGAAGACUGGUGGUUUGAUUGCAUUUGCGAUAUUGCCUUUGUUUCUGAACGCUGCUGGAUGAUUUAUUGAUCAUGCGCAAUGCAUGACUGGAGUUUGUUUAAAUGAAAAGCUCAGAAGAAGGGAUUUCUGCUCGUCUCAGCUGGAACUUGCAUCACUUGCAGAUUACAACUUGGAGUUCAAGGUAUGGAGACCCAUGCGGCCCUACAAAGAGCGCACUUCUCCGCCGCAGGUAGCUAGUUUUCACCUGCUGCUGGGCCGCUCCCUCCUACGCAAACCUUGGCCAGAACCGUUGGGAUUUUAAAAGUCCUCAUUAGCGCCCCUCUGCCCAUCCUGAAGGGGCACAAUGGGGGAAAGACGAGCACGCUCCUUUCACAUGACCUGCCAUGUGCAGCGGGACUACGGCAGCAGGAUGCGGAGCUCCUUCAUACGCUGCAGCCCCAACGGAUGUGCCGGCACGAGCAUCAGCCUCAGCCUGGACCAGGAGAUGGACCUGGCUGCCUCCACCGGUCCCGCUGCCGGCUGCGGUGCCUUGCGGGUCCCCGUGCCUGAUGUCGGCCACUACUCGCCGGUUUCGCUGGAGAUGGACCCCCCGGCGGUGAAUAAUGGAUCAGGCUUCCCCUGCUUACCUCCAGCUGACACAAAGGACCCGGAGCUGCAGAUCGCACACAGCCAGCCGUCCGUCACCCCCGUCCCGCCGCCUCUCCCUCGCUCCAGUUGGCUGCGCCAUCAUCAGAAGGAGUUCCAGAGUCCUUACAUUAAGACUAGCAUGCAGGGGGAUGUUUACAACUUUCUAGAAAGACCCGCGGGGUUGAAAUGCUUCCUCUACCACUUUCUAGUCUUCCUCAUGGUCUUGGUGUGUCUUAUCUUCAGUGUUCUGUCCACAAUAGAACAAUAUGCAGACUUUGCUACAGGAACGCUCUUUUGGAUGGAGAUCGUGCUGGUUUUGUUCUUUGGCACCGAGUAUGUGGUCCGGUUGUGGUCGGCCGGCUGUCGCAGCAAAUAUGCGGGCAUCAAGGGACGCCUCCGCUUUGUCAGGAAGCCCAUAUCAAUCAUAGAUUUAAUAGUUGUGAUUGCSUCCAUCAUCGUGCUCGGCGUGGGGUCAAACGGGCAGGUGUUCGCCACGUCCGCCAUCAGGGGCAUCCGCUUCCUGCAGAUCCUGCGCAUGCUGCAUGUGGAUCGACAAGGAGGGACGUGGAGGCUGCUGGGAUCCGUCGUUUUUAUUCAUCGACAGGAGCUGAUCACCACCCUGUACAUCGGCUUCCUGGGUCUGAUCUUCUCCUCGUACUUCGUCUACUUGGCGGAGAAGGACGCCGUGGACGAGGAGGGCAAGACGGGCUUUUCCAGCUACGCUGACGCGCUGUGGUGGGGCGUGGUGACCGUCACCACCAUCGGAUAUGGAGACAAAAUUCCUCAGACGUGGAUAGGGAAGGCCAUCGCCUCCUGUUUCAGCGUCUUCGCUAUCUCGUUCUUCGCUCUCCCUGCUGGGAUUUUGGGUUCAGGAUUUGCCCUGAAGGUCCAGCAGAAGCAGCGACAGAAGCACUUCAACAGGCAGAUCCCAGCUGCGGCCUGCCUCAUCCAGACACUCUGGAGGUGCUACGCUGCGGAGAAACCAAACGGCUGUGCUGCUACGUGGAAAAUGUACGUCUUGACUCCAGAGGGUGUGGCUGCAGCGCAAGCAGACAACGGCAGUCCGAGCAUCAAGAAGCUGAACCUGGCGAAAAAGGGGACUAAGAGACGGCUGAAGUCCAAAGGAACCGGCUCUUUGGGUGUUGCCUCAGAGCGGGCCGUGUCGAUCCCUCAAAUCACCUAUGACCACAUUGACGACUCGGUGGAAAAAAAGGACGUUUCGUUUUUCAUCGAAGAGCCGCGGGGAACAGCUGAAGGGAUUACCAGGAUGUUCAGGAAAACAGGCCCUCCUCACCACUCUUGGUCAUCUUUCACUCUGAGCUGUCCUGCUUCCCCAGUAAAGGGGAGUGGCAAUAAAAGCACGUCCAUAGACAUUUCCCGCGCCAACAGCCUAACCGAUGACCUAGAUGACAUGAGUGAGGAUAUUCCCUUGCCGGUGGUCACCAACAAGAACCAUCGAUUGACGUGCCCCUCCAUGGCAUUGGUUCAGGACUCUUUAUCCACACAUCAGUUAAAUUCUUCAAGGUGCGGCGCUCGCAGACGCCUGGGCCUCUUGACGCGCUGCGUCCAGGUGCCGGAGCUCCGUCAGGGAGCCCACUGUUCCGGAGCGUGGCGAGAAUAG